GGGGGGCGGGGGUUGAUUAUAAAAAAAGCAAUAAGCUUUUCUGGCAAUGCGGACAUCGAGACCACAUCCCGGAAUGCCCCUUACUCUUCGAGUGGCUGGCGCAUGCGUUACGGAACUCACUGUCUCGCGGGCCGAGUUUCUGGGGGACAUUGAUCGCAGCCGGACUCUGUGGCGCGGCGGUUUAAUUCUCCGGUGGCUGCAGACUGAGGAAAGGCGAUGGUCUUGAGCGGGCUCAUCAGGAAACUCGGUCACCAGCUGGCCGAGAUCCGGGAGCGCGCGCUCCGGAGCAUCCUCUGCAAGGUGGAGCACGACUUAAUGGGCGAUGCCGACCUGAUCCGGGAGCGGCUGCUCUUCGUCCGCCUGCUGGAGUGGUUCAACUUCCCCUCGGUCCCCAUGAAGGAGGACGUGCUGAGGCUGCUCAACAGGCUGGUCAAGUAUCCCCCUGCAGUCCAGCAUCUGAUUGACCUUGGUGCAGUAGAGUUCUUCUCUAAGCUUCGCCCUAAUGUGGAGCCAAAUCUGCAGACUGAAAUCGAUGGCAUUCUGGAUGGACUCUUUGUUCUUCUUUCAGAAGCUCCUGUACUGUACUCUGCCUCUCAUCAGACCAAUCAAACUGUAUACAACUAUGUUUAUAUUUUUGUAAUUUCUGUAGGUAAAAGUUUUCUCCGAAUGCCAGAUCCUUUUAUGAUAAAUCAAGCUCAAUGUUCUGAUCAGCCACAGGUAAGUCAGACUGUGAAGUGUUUGAAGUUUUCUACGUUUCCUUGGCUACCCCUGACCACAACAGACAGGCAUGUUCUCUCGUCUAAUGAAAGCUCUUUAAGAAGUAGUAACCAAACUUUGAUCUGGAAUACCUGUGAACUAUUGAAGGAUGUUAUCAUGCAAGAUUUCCCUGCCGAGAUUUUCCUUCAGAGGCCAAAAAUUGUUCAGAACCUUUUGUCUCUAUUGAAACUGGCCUUUGGAGGAGAUGGAAAACAUCGCUUGGCAUUACAGGCCGUGUCUUGUUUGCAGCAGCUGUGCAUAUAUUUAAGAAAUAGACUUAACUUUCACCGAGACCCACAUUUUUUCUCUAACAAACAAGACAUGAUUUCCCAAAAUUCUUCCUUGUCUUAUUGUCAUGAAGUAAGAGUUAUUCAUCAUUCCCCGAACCCAUCCCCGGGAAGCAGCAGCCCUCGGCCUUCUGUGGUGGGGCGCACAGGCCAACGGCCCAGAGGAGAUGGCCAGGACUGGGAUGCAGUGUCCUCCAGCGGAAGUAAUAGUCAUGCUCACAUAAACUCAAGGAUAUCUAUCCUUUCACCUUUGGAUAUGGGACACAUAGAUCUUCCAGAACUAGAAACUGAAAACACAUUGGAACUACAAUUCCAGCAGCUGAGUCUUCCCCAGUUCUGUGUCUUCAUUCUGGAAUCAGCAGUUCCCCUCUUAAAAACAGGUAGUAGACAGAUGAUAAUGAGAGUUCUAGAAUUGCUUGCAGAGGAUAUGAUACUUAUUGGUGAAGCAAUUUCAGCUGAUAUCUGGGAUGACAACAGCCUUUUUGCUAUAAAUAUGAAAGAAAAACUGCUCCUGGUGUUUGGGUCCCUUGGAGAAACCAUGUGCUACCAUAAGAGCAGCGUUGAUUUGGAGCAAACAGAGAUGCUGCUGGUGCACCACAGGAUGGCCUUUGUGAGCACCUCACUGUUUGCGGUUCGCCUGUUGCAAACACUGCUCCCUGUUGAAAAGGCAAGUGAGUUUUUACCAGAGACGAUGUCAACAGCAUUAUUUCUUCUUUCUUUGGACAUGCCUAUUUCAUUGGAAUAUCCAACUAUUCACGAAGCCGUUGUGGCCUAUUUAGAACAGCUGAAUUCUGAAAACUACAGUAUUUAUAAACGAGCUGCAGAGGCUGUUUAUUCAAUUGACUGUACCUGUAACUUCCUGUCUGAUGUGGGGAAGGAGGGAGAGAAGAAUCUCUUAGAAUUAGUGGAGCUAGCUGACCAAGCCUUGUGUAGCUUUUCCUAUCAUCAGCAUUUCCCUCUAAUAAAAGAAAUCAUCUGCAUUUGUUCAAAGAUUUGGAAAUCUGCACAGGCCAGUCCACUGCUGCAAGGAGAAAGUCAGAAAGUGUUCCUGCACAUGUUGUCCCACCCAUUGCCACAAGUGAAAGCUGAAACUUACAACUGCUGUCUGGAGAUGGUUAAGGAAUGUUUGGGUGUCCAUAAUGUCACUAAGCCUGUAUCUUCACUUUGUAAUGGAAUUCAUUUUCUACUUCAUCCAAAAGUUCUGUAUGAAAUUUCUGCUUUUGGUAUGCAAGAACCCCAAAAUGAGGUGAAUGCUGCUGCCAAGGCCAUUCUGCUGUAUCUGCUUCAGGGACGAAUGAUGAUGACACUGCUGACCUGGAACAAGUUUAUCGAGUCUCUCUGUCCUGUCCUUCCAGUACUGCAGGGUUAUGCCGACCUAGAAGACUCUUUGGGUAACUGCAUUCUCCUUCUGAGCCAAGCGGGUUCUGAGGCAGGAGAAGGCAUCCUUCCUUGUACUACCCGGCUAAAGUCUGUCCUGCGACUCUUGCUGGUGAAAAAGCUAUCGGUCCGUUCACUAGCUUUGAAGCUUUUAGCAUUUUAUCUUGCCAAUGAAGAAGGGGCUGAUACAAAACGCCCCAUAAUAGAUGCCAGAAUUCUUUCCAGAGUUACUAAUCUAUUUAUUGUGAAGAAACCUAUUGAACUCAAACUGGAUGACAGAAAAGAAUUGCUUAUUAAGUUGGACACUGUUGAAAAAGUACAUGAAAUUUUCACCUCAGAUGAUGUUGAUCUUGUUUUGAGAAAGUCAGCUGCAGAACAGUUAGCUGUGAUUUUGCAAGAUAUUAAAAUGCAUGCUGCGGUGAAAAAGUUACGCCUAAUUGACAAGAUAAUUGAGUAUUUAAAUGAAUGUGUGGGUCAAGAUGGCAAGGUUGUAGAAUGUUUGGUUCAGCCCUGCCUCACACUCCUCAGGAAAGUUUUAUGUGCGGAUCCAGUGAUGCGUGUUUCCCUGUCACAGCAAUCUUCUCUCUUGACCCUGUUAUUCAGAGUUUCCUUGAUAUUUCAUGAAGAUUGUACUGUAGUGACUGAAGUCGCAGCAUUGUUUUGUCUUCUGUUAUUUGAUGAAGUAUCAAGAAUGGAGAUGUGGUCUGUUAAUCCUUCCAGUAAUCCUUCUUUGCCAUCAGUCUUCAGUUUGCCUGUUUCAAUUUUUAGAAGGUAUCAUCUGCCAGUUCAUGUAAUCGGCCACCAUGCUGUGAGUCCUUACGCAAUAGUUUUGCCAUUAUCAUCUGAUGUUUUGGCCUUGAAGCCUGUAUCAGACAUGCUGAAAAUAGCUUGGAACCUGUCAUGGUAUCAUGGGAGUGAUAAUCUACUGAAGCAAAUGAACUCCGGAACUGAUACUCAAGAAUUUUUAGAUACAUUGAAGUUAUCCACAAAAGACAGCCUCAUUCUGAAGAUAACCCACGCGGCCAGCGGGCUGCAGGACUGCUUCUGCUCCAUUGUUCAGGCCGCAGCCCACAGGGAUGUUCGGGCUGCUGUCACUCGGAUGAGUUUUUAUCUCCUGAAUGACAAAUUGUCUCUAAAGGGUGGCAUUGGCCCAUGUGGGGUUGCCUUGAAGUCCUUGGCCUGGCACACUGUGCUAAGCAGGUUUCUACAAGUGCUUCCUGCUUGUACUGAAGAUGAGAAACUGCUAAUAGAUAUCAUACAUUUUUUAAAUAAGUUAGUGAAGGAACAAAGAAAAAAUCCAUCUGUAGAAUUUCUAAACUGGAUUCUAGAAUUACUUCUUAGACAUGUAAGUAUUGUGAAAGAAUUUGGAUAUUGGGUUUCAGAAGUGAUGCUUUUAUAGAAAAGGAUAAUCUUUACGUGGCGUUUGCUUAGUAAAGUAGUUCUCAUCUUGGAACAAAUGAUGUGUAGCAACAUGGCCUUCCUGAUAUGACCGGGUUUACUAGAUUUAAUUCUGUAGAGCAUCUGGGACCUUCAGUCUUCGUGUUUUAAUGAAAUUUGUUCUAUAUGUGAGCUUUCUGCUGAAACUGUAUUUUUAAGUGGGAUUGCAGGGUCGGGGUGGGAUUUAAAUAGGUAUGUGGAGAGGUAAAUAGCAAAGCCAGACGGAAAGCAGGAGGGAUACAGUGAUUGUGAAGCUGGAAAGAAUGAAGAAACUGCUCAGGCUUUAAUCUAAUGUCACUGAAGUAUCUGCUCUGCCAGCCCCCAUUUCUCUCAGGGUUUUGCUCUGUUACAAGAGACUUAGUCAGAACCCAUUUAGCUCGCUCACUGUCUGUUGUCGGUCCCUGUCUGUCCAUCUAUGCAUCUAUUUGAAAAUACCUUAUCUAUCUAAUUAACUUACCAGAAAUAACCCUUUGCAAAAAUAAUCAAGAAAAAAAUACAAAGAAUUAGAAAAUAAGGCCUAAACUGAUUUAGAAAGUUACAGAUCUUAUAAGACAAAUAGGCUCCAUUAUAUGUUAAUAUCUUUGCUUUGCUUAAAAAGAUGAUUCUCUGUAAAAGUAUUAAGUAUUACAUAUUGAAAGUCAGAAAUGCUAACCCUUAAUGAUUGUGUGUGUAUACAGCUUAUUAGAUGUUUAUUAUCAUUUCCCUUAUUGUAGACUGGUGGAACUGGGGGCUGUUUUGUUCAUAUUGCAUACCAGCAUCUGCCAUAGUGCCUUACACAUAGUAGACUCCCAGUAAACAUCUGUUACCUUAGUAAUAAACAUAGGACAUUAAGGAAGAUAUGCAGGAAACAUAUAACCUUAAUUUUAUAACUUGUUCAAAUAUAAUAAAAUGGAUAUUAUUGAAUAUGUUCAAGUUUACACAUCAAAUAUAGACGAAACUGAAAUUAUAAUUCUGUGUCAUUGGAGAUGUGUGUGUGUGUGAUUUGGUUUCUGUAGUUUGGUAAAGAGAUAAAUUGUUUAGAGUAAGAUGAAAAUUUUUUUCAUAUUUGGGACUUGUGUGUUUCCUUUUCUGUGAAAUGUCUUUUGUUAUGUCCUUGAGGGUUCUGCCCUAUAAUUGGAUUGUUUCUUUCUCCUCUUAUCAUAAAUUAAGGAGAUUAAUGCUUUAAUAAGUGAAUUCCAGGAGCUUUUUUCCUUGCUUGUCACUUAUCUUCUGACCAUGCUUUUGGUCUUUGGACUUCAUUAUCUUGCUUCCAUUGCAUCUACUGCUUUCAUAUCCUUGUUUCAUUGUGUUGAUAUAAUAGUUACAUUAUAUUCCAUGACCUUAAUUUCACAUUUAGUCAUAGUCCUACGGGUGUGUGUAUCAGAUCUGAACACUUCUCAUUGCUGACCCUGCCAGGCUCUGACCUGCCACCCACCCCUGGGUAAACUGGGCCUUCAGGCUUCCACGCGUUCUACCUAUGCUUUCCAAGAUGGCGAGUCACAUCAUGUCACUCCUCUAUUCAAAUUCUCUAUGUGCUUCCUCUCUCUUUCAGAUAAAGCUCUGAAAUACUAACUGUGGCCCAAGGUUUGGGCUUGAUUCUGAGCAUCUUUCUGACCUGUUCUGCCACCUCACCUCACACAUUCUGUUCCAGGCACCAUUUUUUCAGGCACUCACACUGCCUGAGCACUCUUGGAUUUUCUUUUCUCUUUUGAUGUCUGUAUGGUUAGCAUCCAAACUUAAUUCAGUGUUCUACUCACAUGUUGAUCAGAGAAGUCUUCUCUGAUGAUGGCAUCUAAUGUAGCACCUUCCGUGCCGGUCUCCCUGACUUUGCUGUAUUUUUCUUUAUUGUACCUGUCACUCCCACCUAUGUCUGUUCUUUUGAA